AUGGAUUUUCCCUCGAACAACUGUAUCGCUAUCCAUCAAUCUUCUCAAUCUUCCCAGAAGCUCAAGACAAUCUUCACCUUCCUCAACAUGGUAUCAUUUCGCCUUUCCGACGUCAUUCUUCUGACGCUCUCCCUCACUGCAUCCACCACCACAGCACUCGGAAUCAAUUGCCGUGGCUCCGGAAACUGCAACACCUUUGGCAACGGUCUGGUUGCUGUCGAGCUUGCCAGCAAGAUAAUUCACGAGAUUGACCCCAACCGUUGGUACAACAACGGGGAACACAUUGCCUGUGUUGGUUCUGGCAAUACCUGGACCGGCAGUGGUGGAUUCUGCGCAUUCCUCCAGAACACUGGGGGUACCAAUGGCGCCAAGCUCCAGGAACUAGCUGGUUAUAUCCCGGAUCACGGAUGUAAACAAUGCGGCAGCGUCCCGUACUUCUUCCCGGGCGACAACGAUGUCGCUAAUGGCGAGCUCACAUUCAACUACGUUUCGGACUCUUGUAGCACUGGGGGAGCUAUAUUGUGUUAG